AUGAGCAACGGUACCCCAGUCCCCAAUCUCGGCGCCGUCGACGCCUUCGCGCGCGCUCUCUACCGCCGCGCGAAGACGUCCGGGCCUGACUUUGCAGACAUCGCGCUCGCCGUCCGCCGCCUGCACACCGUUCUCAAGCACCUCAGGGUCGAGGCCGAGGACCCGGACUCGCUCCUCAACUCAGACGCCUCGUCCGUCUACGCACGCCAGCUCACGCCCCUCGUCGAGGACUGCGACUUCGCCCUCAAGCAGCUCGAGACCAUCCUUGAAAAGUAUGGUGAGGCUACCCGCCUCGAGGAGCGCGAGCGCGACAUGGUCGCCAUGAUUCGCUCCAAGCUCGCGGACCAGAAGACAAAUAUCGACAUGUUCCUCGAUACUGUGCAGUUGCACAACCCAAGCAAGGCACAGCGUAUCGUGGAUGAGCAGGGUGGGAACCUCGACAACAUCAAGGACAAGGUGGAUGCCAUCGCUGCAAGGUUAUUCGCUAGAAGAGAUAGUGGCAUUGGCGAUGACGACGAGGACCUGUGGCAGCAGUUCCGCACCGAGCUGGAACAGGAGGGUUUCUCCAAAGAAGUACUGCGGAAGAACAAGGAGGUCCUGCGUGCCUACAUCCGCGAGCUGGAAGAAUCAACCGGCAAUGAUGCCACAGCACCGCCCUCUGUCCGCGGCCUCCUCGCACAGGAGCGCAAACACUCGCAUCCAGCUAUGGCUGCGACGCCAGCAACUUACCAAGGUCGUGACGCCAGUAGCCCAGGAGAGACCUACGGCUCAUACGACGACCGUUACGCCCCGCCAGUGAGAGGGGAUCGCCGCAUGGCAGCAGACCAGCGAUCCGCGCCCGUUAUGCCAAAUCAGUACAGCACCCUGUCUACAUAUGAGAAGGAGAACGGGAUGGAGGACGAGCACAACGACACACUCGCCCUCAUCUCGACCCGCGAUCUCAUGGCCAUGGACACAGUCAACAGCGGCAUGGAGAACCUCCGCAUCUCCGCCGCCCAAAACUACAGCACCUCUCCUUCCUCCGCCUCGCCUUCCUCGCGUUACCUCCCACCAGACGUAGCAGCCGCCCGCGCUGCUGAAGACUUCUCCUCCUCCCCCAACAAUCCCGGCGUCUCGCCGCGUUUCAUUCCCCCUAUUCCAUCCCAUGUCAGCAACGGCGGUCCCUCUCCCUCAGCAUACGGGGCCUCCCCGCGGACGUCCCAAACCCGCAUCGCGCCGGAUCGCUACGGCUUGAACAUCCCCAUGGAAGCGAAAUGGACCCGCAUCCGCCGUGCCCUCGUCUCCCCCGAGAUUCUUGAGCGUGCCGGCGUCCGCUACGAGGCCCGCCCCGACUACGUCGCUGUUCUCGGUGUCCUGACCCGCGAAGAAAUCACAAAUUACGCCCGCCUUUCCGCCGAGGCACGCGCAGCACGCUCGUCGAGACGUCACAACGGCAGCGCUAACGGCGGCCCUCCACGCCUCCCCCAACGCCGCCGCGGCGACUCCCAGACCUCUUCUUCGGAAGAACACCUCUGGGACUCGUCCGACAACUCCUCCGACACAGGCUACCCGGACGACAACAAGAAGGGCAACAAGACGUACUACAUCGUCCCACCGCCCUCGGACCGCGAGAAAGGCACCUCUCCCGCUGCGACGGUCCAGCCGAAGCCAAUCCUCAAGAACAAGAAUGAGAAUCAUGUGCGCUUCGACCCGGAGCCGCACGAGCUCGACCCGCACGCCUCUUCGCCGCGGUCUUAUCGUGACGACCGCGAAAGGAGACGACGCCCCUCUCGUCGAGAGCACAGGGACUACGACAGCAGGGACCGCGACGGGCACUACAGAGACCGUGAGCGUGAGCGCGAGCGGGACCGCGACCGCGAUCGCGACCGUGACCGUGACCGUGACGGGCACAGGGAUAGACAUCGUGACCGCGACCACUACCCAGGGCGACACCACCGCGAGCGCUCGGAUCGCGAGAGGCGGGACAAGAAGAAGGCCUGGGGCGAGACGUUGGGCGCCGUGGGCAUUGGCGGUGCUGCGGCAAGCCUGCUCAGCGUCCUCACCGAGGCGGCGUCCGUGUUGUAG